CGCCUGCGCAGUCGGCCGGAGGGCGGACAAGGGCCGAGCACGCCCGCUGUUGCGCUGGGGCGGCCGCCGGGGAAGGCUCUCCGCCACCGCCGACUCCUCCGGGGCCCCCGGGGCCACCAUGGCGGAGCAGAAGCGCCUGGCCUUCGCCAUCAUCGAGUUCCUGCAGGAGCAGCUGCAGCACGGCGGGCUCUCCCCGGACGCCCAGGAGAGCCUGGAAGUGGCCAUCCAGUGCUUGGAGACGGCCUUCGGGGUGUCCGGGGACGACAGGGGCCUGGCCAUCUCCCAGAAGCUCCCGGACAUCUUUGAAGCUGCUGCGGCCAAACAGGAGCCGUUGCAGAGCUGCCCCGUUGCUGAGCCUGCUCCUCCUUCUGAAGAAGAUGCGGCCGAAGCGGAAAGACUGAAGACUGAAGGGAACGAACAGAUGAAAGUGGAGAAUUUUAAGAGUGCCGUCUCGUUCUACGGAAAAGCCAUUGAACUGAACCCGUCCAAUGCCGUGUAUUACUGCAACCGGGCCGCCGCUUACAGUAAACUAGGAAACUACGCCGGGGCCGUCAGAGACUGCGAGAGAGCCAUCAGCAUCGACCCCAAGUACAGCAAAGCCUACGGCAGGAUGGGGUUGGCCCUGUCCAGCCUCAACAAGCUCUCGGAGGCCGUCUAUUACUACCGGAAGGCCCUGGAGCUGGACCCAGACAACGAAACCUACAAGUCCAACUUGAAAGUGACCGAGCAGAAGAUGAAGGAGGCUCCGAGCCCGACGGGCAGCGCCGGAGGGAUUGACCUGGCUGGGUUGCUGAACAACCCUGGCUUCAUGAGCAUGGCCUCCAACCUGAUGAACAACCCUCAGGUGCAGCAACUGAUGUCUGGGAUGAUCUCCAGCAGCCAGAGCCCCAUGGCCGCCCCGGGAGCCAGCCCCGCCCCCCACGAUCUCGCCAGCCUCAUCCAAGCAGGCCAACAGUUUGCUCAGCAGAUGCAGCAGCAAAAUCCGGAGCUCAUAGAGCAGCUGCGUAGCCAGAUCCGGAGCCGGACCCCCAGUGCCAGCAACGAGGAGCAGCAGGAAUGAGGCAGCUGCUGGACUCUGCUCCUGGUCAGGAAGACCCCUUUCGCCCCAAGGGAAGGACCAGCUGAAGAGCCUUCCAGCUGCUGCCGCUGCUGCUGCUGCUAGCCGUUCUUCUUUCGGAAAAGCCCACGAGGGAUUGGGGGUGGGGGGAGCCAAGCCUGAUCCGGCCUGCAUGUUAGAGACUUUUGGUAGCCCCCCCCCCCCCCCCCCCCCCCCCCUCCCCCCCGAGGGGACUUGGUCGGGGGAGCGGAGAGCGUUACCGUCUGCAGAUCAGCAUCUACCCCCCACCCCCUCCCCCACUCUGGGCACCUCGGAGGCAAGCUGUGGGGCUGUCAACGCCACGCCUGCCCCGUUGCUCGGAAGAACGGCCCCUCCGGAGACCGGGUCCUCCUCCAGCAGGGAGCGUCGCCUUUCCCAAGCCGGGAUUAUUUCCUCCUCCUGGUCACCAUUGCUGGAUCCUGGCACACCAAGGCUGGACGGCCCCUCUUGGGGAGAGGCCCAGUUGACUGGCUGGGAGGGGAGCCGGAGGGACUGGCAUCGGUGCCCAGGGAAGGUGGGCGGCCUCUCCUGCGCUUUCCAGUAGGACGUUUACUUUCAAAAAGGGCCGUGGCUAGUUUGGUGUGACUUUUCUGUGAGUGGGUGGGGGGUUGGGGGGUUUCUUUUGAAAAUGUGUUUCUUUGGGUCGGGGCCUGGGGAACUUGCCUGGGUGGACUGGCUAACCGGCCAUUUCCUGCCCAGCAUGAAGGGUGCCAGGAGGACCCGGCUGCUUGCCCAGGAUUGGGCCAAGCCGAGCAAUUCUUUCCCGAAGUGCUCUCUCCUUGUGGCCAGGGCUCCCCUCAGCAUCGGGUGUCCAGAGUGUCACUCUCACCAGCGGAGGUGCCUCCUGGAGGGCGAUUGUGGCUGCUCUCAUUUGAAUUUCCCAGGUCCCCUCCAGCCAGCAGAAUGGGACGGAUGGCAGAUCAAGGGCCUUGCCCGUCCUCAGUGCCACCUGCCAGGAGCCCCGUAGAGACCGGCCUGCCCUGCAUCAGCCGGGCCUCUUUGCUGGCCAGCCAGGGGCUCUGGAGAGGAGCAGCAGGCCCAGGAGCCUUCUGAUGCCCUCCUGGCCAGCCCGGGUGCACCUGCCCCGCUGGCUGCCACGGGCAGAGCCUUGUUGUGUGUCUGGUUUCUCACCUGGCCCUCGUCGGGGAUGCAGGGGAUGCAGCCAUCUUGUGAUACCAGGGGCAGAUGCAGAAGUAGGAAGAGGGUGGGGUGGAGUCCUACCCAUGGCCCCAUUUGUGGGUCCGGCACGUGGGGAGGGAGAAGCUGCCAGGCUAGAAAGGUAAGGGGGUGGGGUGGGGUGGGGUGGGGUGAUCCCCAGGGUGCUUCCAGUAAGUGAGGGGAGGGGGCUGAAGAUUCACCGUCUGUCUCCAGCAAUGGCUUUUCUUUGAUGUAGGAAAUAAAGUUCUUUGGACACU